AUGGCCCCGCCGCCGUCGCCGUCUUCGUCCUUUGUCGCCCUUUUCGACAAAUCCACCUUCUAUUCUCCCCUCGGUCCUCGGUCUCGGCACCGCGAGACCCCAACCAUCGCCACGAUAGCUUCCCAACUACGCAUCCAGUCCAUUCUCUCCCCUGCCGACCCGUCGGACGCUGAUGAGACGCCCUCGACAUCGUCGGCUACCUCGCACUCGACCGCGAAGCGCAAAUUCCAGGACGCCUUUGCCGCAGCCGCGCCCGCCUCUGCCGGUGACGCGCCUGCUGCUGAGCCCCCGGACUCGCCCUACACGCCCAGCGAGCGGCGGCCCAGCGACCGGGUACCCAUCGAGCGGCUGCAUAGCAUCCGACAGCCCCUGCCGCACAGCCCGCCGCGCCCUGCCGCUGCGGUUCCUGCCGGCCGUGGCCCUGCCCUGUCCCCCGACGAUGACAGCAGGCCUGCCCCGGCCCCGGCCUCGGCCAUGACUGAAGGCAGCCCCGGCAGCCCCGGGGCUGCCGACGCCAAGAAGGGCGUCCUCAAGCGUGCCCCGUUACGGUCUAGUAUUGCUUGCAUUCGCUGCCGCAAGUCCAAGAUUAAGUGCAACAAUACGGGCAGCGACGCGCCCUGUGAGACGUGCAUACGUAAUGGCAAGGAGUGUACCUAUCCCGAACCCGCCACUAUAACUCCCAAGCGUCCUGAGCCCCCGGCUGGGAUUAAGACGGAGCCUGGCUCGGAGCGUAAGCGUCUAAGACGUAUCGACGACAUUACCAAGCUUGACGGCGCCGUCCCCGCCGCUGUAUUUGCCGAGGAGGUGCUCUCGGCUCCCUAUCUCUCCGAGACGCUGUGGUCCCAAAUUUUCGAUAUCUACAGGCUUCACUUUGCCACGGAACUGCCCUUUUUGCACCUGGCCACUCUCAAGGAGAAGAUGGGCAGCAAGUUCCGCGCCAAGCAGAGCGACACGUCGCCCGCGAUCAACCUGGUGCUGUUGGGUAUCCUGACUCUAACUGCUCGUUUUCACUCGACACUCGUGUCGUACGUCACCACGCCGCGCACCGCGGCCCCUGCCCAGUUGGGCGGCCCGCACAAGCUGCAGCCCGUCAAGCCCGGCCAGGACGGCCACGCCGCGUCCGAAUAUUAUGCCGAGGUGCUCACCAAGGCCCUCGGCCCCUUGCGCAUAUGCAUGUCGGAGGCGUCGGUCGAGCGCGUUCAGGCGUUCCUGAUGCUCGGCCUCUACGAGUGGACUCAAGCGCGCCCCAACACAGGCGGCUUGGGCGCGUGGAUGUACGUCGGCUUCGCCAUCCGCUUAGCUCAAGCGAUGAGUCUCGGCGAUGGUGACAAAGAGGUGGCCAAGCCGUUCCACAGACGGCCCAUUGGUCCCCCACCCAAGAAGAAGGCAUUGGAGCCUCAGAUGAUUAUUGCCCGGGAGAUUAGGAGACGCUCCAUGUUUAGCUGCAUGAUCAUGGACCGGCUUCUUGGUUGCGGCAAGGGACGUGUAUCGACGAUAAACGCCGACGACCUAAAAAUCCGGCUGCCUUGCUCCGAGGUCGACUUUGACCUUUCGCACGACGUCUACACGGGGUUCUUGAAUUCCGCCCCCGAGGAUUUCGAACGGGCACUCCCCAAUGACAACGUCCUUUCGCAGUUCGUGCGGCUGAUCAACAUUUGGGGCGAAAUCUCAAAGUGGAGCUUUGCUGGUGGCCGUUUUACCGAGCACCAUGCGCCGUGGAACAAAGAGUCGACUUUUUUCCAGCUGAGGAAGAACCUGGACGCGUAUUACGAAGAGCUGCCCCCGCUGUUCCAGUGGUCGCCGAGCAAUUACUACAAGCAUGAAAACCACCACGCCAGCAGUACUUAUGUGUCUCUCCAUAUGCUCAGCGCCGUGUGUAGGAUCAUGCUCCAUCGCGAGUACAUCCCUUUUAUCCCCCUCCGCUGCGACAAGCCUAUCGGGCCGCUCGACGAGCCCACGUUUCCUCACGGCGACGAGCCGCCAGGCUUCUGGGAAGACAGUGCCGAAGAGGUCUUCGUCGCAGCCAGGGAUAUUGUCGACCUCAUCGACAUCACCAGGGACAAGCUGCCAAUCUCGGCGCUCGUCGUGUUCGCAGUCUGGACGGCGGCCUUCGUCGGCAUCUACACCAUCUGGUUCCCGCACAUGGACACCAAGCGCCACAUGCUGCCCUCGGAUGAAGAUGUCGGCGCCAAUUGCGAGAUGGACGUAAUCAAGCACGGCCCUACCAGCGUGACGUACAAGACGCUCAAUCAAAUGUCGGUCUGGCUCAGGAUGGCCGAGACAUACUCCAACUACUUCCGGGAGAUGGUGAGCUUUUAUGACAAGGUCAAGCAAGACUACGAGAAGUUCACAGGCAAGGCCUUAUCCAACACGGCCAACGAAAGGGUUGUUAGUGUCGGCCUAGGAGGUGGCGGGCUCGAGGAGUGGAGGGAAGAAAACAGCAAGAUUGUCAACAAUGGCGAGAUCCUGACCACCGACGAGGACAGGCACAGCUUCUCGCGCGACAGCACCAUUGAACCCGGAUCAUCGGUCGGCCCUGAUAGCGGCUAUCCUACCGACACCAAGACCCCGGUUUCCAUGUCGCUAGGAUUUACGCCCAUCAACGGCGCCCAUCCGCACAGUCAGCAGUAUCCCCCGCAGCAGCAAGACUCUGCCAUGGGAGGAGAUGGCCGUACCGACGGCCUGCCUUCGGCAGUCAGCGAAUCGUCGACGAAUUGGCGCUUCGCGCAACCGCCACCACCUAGCCAGUCCCAGCACCAGCAUUCACCAUCGCACUCGUCGUCGUACGCCAUGCCCAGCCCUCAGCUCGCGCACGCCCUAGCGGCGCCAACAGCGGCAACGCCAGGAGCGGCUCCAACUCCCCCGGCCUCGGGAAUCCCCAACCUACCCCGCUACGGUCAGAUCACCGAGGUCGCCGAGUAUCUCACCCAGAAUGAGUGCCUGCCGUGGGCCAAUGCGCCCGGCAGCGUCGGCCAGUUUGCCCUCGGGGCCGAGGAGUCCUCACUCGCCGAGAGCGGUAAUGUGUUCUGGGGCGCUGACCCUGCUGCCGCCAAGGGGAAGUAG